UCUCAUUGUCAGGUCUUUGUGGCUGAAUUCUGCUGAGCGCGCUCCUCGCGAGCCCCAAGGUCACGAUGCUGCUGCUGGCCUCUGCCUACCGCACUCUUAACUCCGGGCGGCUGCAGAGGGAACCACGUUCGCUAAAAAUGCCAAAGAAAAGAAGCGCGUUGCCUUGCUGAGAUUUGGGAAUGGCUUCCCCCGCCCUCCACUAAGAAUUUAUGCGCCCCAACCCCCUACUUCCCUUUUGCAAACCUCCCCCAACUCGAGAAACAAACGAUGAACUUAAUGCUUGACAAAAAUGGGUACAAAGUUUUCGUACAGCCUCUCCGCCCCCGGGGACACGAUCGAAAAUUCUGAAGGCAACAGGAGCACUACUAGCGCCCGCUUUCUUUAAACGCGGUUUCAGCAGAGGGCGGAGGCUAUUGUCAUGGUAAAUUUCGCUCGCGGAGGAAGAAAGGGUCGAUGAUCAAUCAAAAAGGAGAUACUUUUUGUGGUUCUGUCGCUUUCUUCCUACACCGCUGCGUGAAAGACUUUAAAAAAAACUUUUCUCGGUAGAAACACACACACGCGCGCGCGCACACACACACACACAGAAAAGGCUCUGGCGCGUGUGCGAGCUAAAGCAGUCUGCGGUGACCCUGGAGGACGUCGGUGCGAACGCAGUGGGCAGACCCCACUUGGGGACUUCCGCGAGAGCCCUGCAUUCCAGCAGGUCUACCCGGAGAAGCACAGAGGCCUCGGGUCCGCAUCCCCGGGUGGCCGCGAGCCACGCCACACCGCGCUAGGCUCUGCUUGCCUCCAUCUGGGUCAGGCACUUUAAACAGAAGCCGACUUGAUCAUGUGUAGGGCAUGAUGAGGACCCCUGAGAACUUGGAGGAGCCUAGCUCCACACCAAACCCUGGCAGGACCCCCAAGGAGAGGUUCGUUUAUCUGGAAGCGCUCCUAGAGGGAGGGGCUCCCUGGGGCUUCACCCUGAAAGGUGGCCUGGAGCAUGGAGAACCGUUAAUCAUUUCCAAGAUUGAAGAAGGGGGGAAAGCUGACGUGGUCAACUCCGGACUGCAAGCUGGGGACGAAGUCGUGCACAUCAAUGAGGUGGCACUGAGCAGUUCCAGGAGGGAGGCAGUUUCCCUGGUGAAAGGGUCCUACAAGACCCUCCGGCUGGUGGUGCGCAGAGACGUCUGUGCAGACUCGGGCCAUGCAGAACCUGGUGUCUCUAACUCCCUCAGCUCAGAGCUGCUCACCGGCGGUCCCCAGCACCGAAAAGCAACAUGGUCAGGAGGGGUGAAACUUCGGCUAAAGCAGAGGUGCAGUGAGACUGCCGCUCGCCCUCACUCGUGGCAUACAACCAAAUUUGGAGAGAACCAGCCUGAUGCCAGCAUGAUGCAGAUAUCUCAGGGCACGAUGGGCCCUCCUUGGCACCAAAGCUACCAUUCCAGCUCUUCUACAAGUGACCUUUCCAACUACGACCAUGCUUAUCUGAGGCGGAGCCCUGACCGGUGCAGCUCCCAGGGAAGUAUGGAAAGCCUGGAGCCUAGUGGCGGAUACCCAGCCUGCCAUCUUCUUUCUCCUGCCAAGUCUACGAGCAGCAUCGACCAGCUCGGCCACCUCCAUAACAAAAGAGACUCGGCGUAUAGCUCCUUCUCCACAAGUUCUAGCAUCCUCGAGUACCCACCCCCUGGUGGCUCUGGCCAAGAACGGUCAGGCUCCAUGGAUACGAUUUCUGCUCGGGGCGGCCUCCUAGAAGGGAUGAGGCAAGCAGACAUUCGCUAUGUCAAGACAGUCUACGAUAGCCGGAGGGGAGUAUCGUCAGAGUAUGAGGUGAGCCCUUCAGCUCUGCUUCUUCAAGGUAGGAAUGCCCACGCAUCAGCAGGUCUCCAGGGCUGUGCUAAAUGGCAUAGUGUUCCCCGGGGCAAGGGGGCCCCAUCCCCAUCGUGGAGCCAGCAGUACUCGGAUACUGCCACUGACAGCCUGGCCCAGAAAGUGGGUGCACCCAUGCCCCCUACUCGGAGCGACAGUUAUGCAGCCUUCCGGCAGCGCGAGCGUCCCAGCUCCUGGUCCAGCCUCGAUCAGAAGAGGUUCUGCCGGCCUCAGACCAACUCCGCAGGCUCCGUGAAAACCCCGCUCAUGGAGGAACAGCUGCACACAGUCGUAGAGGGGAGUCCAGAGAGCAGCCCCCCAGUGAAGCCCAAGCAUAGUUACACGCAGAAGGCGCAGCCUGGCCAACCCCUCCUGCCCACUGGCAUCUACCCGGUACCUUCUCCAGAGCCACACUUUGCCCAGGUGCCUCAGCCUUCCGUGAGUAGUAAUGGUACUGUCUACCCUGCCCUGGUCAAAGAGAGUGGAUAUACGGGCGCUCAGGGACCCUGUAACAAAAUGGCUACCUUGGACGAGAACGGGAACCAAAAUGAAGCUAGCAGGCCCGGGUUUGCCUUCUGCCAGCCCCUAGAACAUGACUUGGUAACCCCAGUGGAGAGAAAUCCAGAACCCACAGCCAAACAUGUCUCCUACAAAGUCCAUUUUUCUUCAGUGCCUGAAAAUGAAGAUUCCUCACUGAAGAAACAGGGCACACCUCUCCAAGACACCAGCCCAUCGUAUCCCAGCGAGAGAAAGAACGCCCCUGGCAGCAGGCCGUGUUCUAAUCACCACGGCCUCUCAUCUCCCCAGGCCCUGGCCUUGCACGUGGGCAGGCCCCCUCAGACCUGGGAGGGUGACUUACAGGAAGAUCACAAUGCCAACCUCAGGCAGAAACUGGAGAAAGAAGGUCAAGGGCAGAGCCAGCCAGGCAACUUUGGCAAGACCAAGUCGGCCUUCUCAUCUCUCCAGAACAUUCCAGAGAGCCUAAGGAGACAGAGCAAUGUAGAGCUCGGAGGAGAAGCCCAGGAGGGUCACUCUGGUGGCAGGCCCACCUGUGCCCUCACCUCCAGUGUGGAAGAGCCUGGAAGGAAGGCCGGGCCCGACAGCAGGAGCUACCAGGACAGGCCUGUUUCCUAUUCUAGGCCGGAGGGGAAAAUGAACACUGCAGACUCUUUCCAGGGUGCAGACCCAAGGUAUGAAGAGCCCCCGGCCCCAGCACUCCAACAGACACCCGGCCUGAGCCAGAGGAGACUGAGCUCCAGCAGCGCCUCGGCCCUCCAGUACAGGAAGCCCCACUGUUCGGUGCUGGAGAAGGUGUCCAAGAUAGAAGAGAGGGAGCAAGGGCGCCACAGACUCCCGAGCGUGGGCAGCCCCACCUACGGCCUCAACUAUAGGCCCCACAGGGCCGGACCAGCUUCCAGCACUUCCGCCGGUGACUUUGAGGACCCCAAAGCCAGCAUCCAUUUCUCGGAGGCCACGGAGCCAUUGGGCAAUGGGGAGCCGCCCUUGAAAAACGGGGAGUCCAGGUUCGAGGAGGCUUCCUGGCAGCCUUGCGGUCAGCCGCUGAGGAGGGCUGGGGAUGGCCGUGGCCCCCCUGCCCGAGGCGGUGAGCCCCCUAGGCCCGAUGCCCGACUGCUCCGCAGCCAGAGCACCUUCCAACUCUUCAGUGACACGGAGAGGGAAGCUCCGUGGCCGGAGGACAGGCCCGGCACCCCCGAGUCGCCCCCGCUGGACGCGCCCUUCACCUGCAGCCUGAGCUCGCUGCGGGAGCCCGACGUGCCGCUGUCCCGCCAGGAGCACCCCCACCUGGCCACCGACACCCUGCACGCGCCCCGAGAUCGCAGCAGCUCCUUCGCCAGCGGACGCCUAGGCGGGGAGCGACGGCGCUGGGACCCCCAGCCCCCCAGGCAGCCGCUCAGCGGAGCAAAUUGCGGACCUAGGGCCACCCAGAGACCGGACAGAACCCCUGGUGGCGGGCCGCCUUCCUGGAGCAUGGUGGCCGCCAACACUGGCAAGUCCAAAUCGGCCGAGGAUCUGCUGGAACGUUCCGACACCCUGGCGGUCCCUGUGCAUGUGAGGUCCAGGUCUUCCCCCACCUCGAACAAGAAAGGCCAGGAUGUGCUGCUGAGGGAAGACAGUGGCUUUGGUUUUGUGAAGGACCCAUGUUGUGUGGCUGGCCCUGGAUCUAGGUCUGCCAGUUGCUCAGACAGAGGCCAAAAAGAGCCGACGUUGCCCCUACACCGUCCUACCCCUUGCUGGGAUGACUCAGGCUGCAAAUCCACCGUUGGUUCCUCAGCUCCUACUGAAUGUUCUGGAACCCCAGACCAUCCAAAGCAGCUUAGAACACCUUGCUCUAGGCCACUUUCAGCAGGAAUGCAAGGCCACUUUCUAGAUACCAGAGCUGCCUCCAUAGCCCCACCCAGCACCCCUCUGCCAUCACCUGUCCCCUCCAGUUACCGGUCACAGCUUACCAUCGAUCAGCAGACUGAAAGGAGCGGUCAGCCUGGACGACAGCCGCUUCCGCCCUCUGCCCCUGCCCUGACCCACAGAAACGAUGGCCGUAGUCUGACCCAGCCUCCCAGCCCAAAAUGCCAUGAGCUCAGCAGCCCAGAGCAUGGGCUGGAAGAAGGGAUGUGGAAGAGGGCCUCCCUGCCUCAGCGCCCCGCACCACCUUGGACGAAGUGGGCCCAUGCAGUCAGGGAAGACAGCUUUUCAGAGGACACCUCGGUGCCUGAGUUUGCAGACCUGAAGCACUAUAAAAACCAGAGUCUGCCGAGCUCCUGCAGCACUAUGGACCCAGACACUCCAGGGAGGAUCUCUCUCCGGAUAUCCGAGUCAGCCCUGCAGGCUUCCCCACCACCUCGGGGGGACUAUGAGGAUGAAGUGUUUGUGAAGGACUUGCACCCCAGGGCUGCUUCAAGCCCCACACUUGAAGCUCUUCCCCCACCUCCACCUCUACCUCCUCCACUGAGCCAGGAAACCCUAGUGAACAGCUCAGAUGACUUUCCUCCACCUCCUCCCCAAGCCGUGUAUGAGGCAGUGCUGGACAGUGAAAUGUACAAGGAAGCUGGCAGCAGUUCCUGUCAGUUUCCCAUGGUGACAGUCUCAAGGGACAGGCAUGAGCCUGGUGCAGUCCAUUCCGAAGGUUGUCACAUAAUGACUCCCAAACCACCCCAGACUCCAGCCGCAGGUUCAGAAGCCGAGUCCAACACACCUGCCGACGCGCAUGCUCAGCCACAGCUCACCGGUUCUCUCGGCGAGCAGGCCUCUCCCAGCCAGACCCAAAGCCUCAUCCAUGAGACUGUCGGUAGAACUCAGGAUAUAGGAAAGAAAAUCCAUGCCGAGCCCCAGAAGACCUCAGAAGAUAUCCGAACAGAAGCUCUUGCCAAGGAGAUUGUCCAUCAAGACAAAUCUCUGGCCGACAUUUUGGACCCGGACUCCAGAAUGAAGACGACAAUGGACCUGAUGGAGGGCUUGUUCCCCGGAGAUGCUGGUGUGCUGAGGGAGAGUGGCACAAAGAGGAGAGCCUUGGAGACAGCCGGCAGACAGACAGGCUGUGAAGCCAAGAGGAGCGAUGACAGGAAAGCCGUGGGCAUGCUGGUCAGCUGCCCUGCCUACUACAGUGUGUCCGCAGCCAAGGCGGAGCUGCUGAACAAAAUCAAAGACAUGCCAGAGGCGGAGCCUGAGGAGGAGGAGCAGGAGGACGUCAACGAGAAAAAGGCUGAGCUCAUCGGAAGCCUCACCCAUAAGCUCGAGAUCCUCCAGGAAGCAAAGGGAAGCCUGCUCAUGGACAUCAAGCUCAACAAUGCCCUGGGCGAAGAGGUCGAGGCCCUGAUCAGUGAGCUCUGCAAACCCAACGAGUUUGACAAGUACAAGAUGUUCAUCGGGGACUUGGACAAGGUGGUCAACCUGCUGCUCUCGCUCUCCGGACGCCUCGCCCGAGUGGAGAAUGUCCUUAGCGGCCUCGGUGAAGAUGCAAGUAAAGAAGAAAGGAGUUCUCUGAAUGAGAAGAGGAAGAUCCUGGCUGGGCAGCAUGAGGAUGCGCGGGAGCUCAAGGAGAACCUGGACCGGAGGGAGCGCGUGGUGCUGGCCAUCCUGGCCAAUUACCUGUCGGCUGAGCAGCUCCAGGACUACCAGCAUUUUGUGAAAAUGAAGUCCACACUCCUCAUCGAGCAGCGGAAGCUGGAUGACAAGAUAAAGCUGGGCCAGGAGCAGGUCAAGUGUCUGCUGGAGUCUCUUCCCUCGGACUUCAGGCCCAAGGCAGGGGCCAUCUCCCUGCCCCCAGCCCUCUCCAGCCAUGUGACUCCUGCGGGGGGUUCUGUGGGGAGCUCUGUGCUCAGAGGCGGUUUCCCAACGUUGACCUCUCCACUUUAACCUCUCCUGAAAGACCCAACCAAGAGAUGCCACGCUCAACACUAUUUAAUCUAAAGAUGUCUCGCUGCGACUGCAGUUUGAACUGUGGGUUACUGGGGCGCUUCCGGGGUAAAAGGAAGGGACUGUAUCCCAGAAGAAGCCCGUCUUCCCUGUCUUGCCUUUCACGGUUGGUCUUCUGAGCUCGCAUGCUACCGGGACCUUCCCACUCUGCAUUCACAGAAGGAAAGUUAGUGACACUGGCCUGGUGGGGGUGUUUGACCGUGCAGGUUUCACAGGCUGGAGCAGAACUGUGUGCCCCCUCAGGAAUGAAUCCGCAGUGGCCUUCCUUGCUUAUGACAGGGUGCAAGCACCAGACUGCGCCCCAAAGCCUUACAAAGACACACACAUUCAGAAAACUGUAAAACCUUGAACAUUUUUGUUAUUUAUGUUUUGAAAAAUGAAACAGAUCAUUGUUUGUGUGCUAACUCUCAUUUGAUUCUGUUUUGUGGUGGAUGUAGAGAUUUCUGUGAGCUUUGUAUUUUGUGGAAACCUUAAUGAAGAAUUCCAAAGAUAGAUUGUAUAUGGAGA